GGAUGACAUCGGAAUUCCGAAAACUCCCUCCCGCCUCACACCCCCAAGAGAAUCUCAGUUCAAACAAACACUUGGACCCACAUCUUCUUUACCAUGUCCGACUACCCAACCGCUUCUACCUCCGCCCUGAUCGAUGUCCUUCAGCACCGAGCGAGUUCACCGUUCGCCCUCUCGCUCGGUCUAGGAUUCGCCGGAGCCAGCGCCUUCUUGUUCUCCAACGUCGACACUUUGCUCUGGAGUCCGACUGCGCUCGUCGGUUCUGCCAAGGAGAGGAAGAAGGUCGGCUUGGAGGGUAACCAAGGAACUGCCGUCGAACUUUGGGCCUGGUACAUGAGCAAGGCGGUGCCCUCGACCGGAAUCUCGCUCGCCGUCGGAGCUCUCGGACUUACCUCUGCUGGAUUCCUGAUCCCCGUCUCCUCUUUCUCGACCUACGGCCGAGACCUCCGUCGAAUCCUCUUCGGAAGCGUCUUGUUGCUCACCUCGACCGUUCCCUACUCGUUCUUCUCUAUCACUCCAUUGAACAAGACCCUCCUUUCUCUCACCGAAAAGGCCAAGGCUAAGCGAGCGAACCCGCUCUACCCUGACUCCAAGCCGGCCUCGUCCGAGCUCUACACUCAGGAUUCUCGAGGACUUUUGCCCCAGGAAGAGUCGCAGGCCCGCAUGCUCCUCGAAAAGUGGAUCAAGGCUCACACCGGAAGGGUUGUCUUGGCCGCCGCUGGGUGGACCGUCGCUUUGGGUGGAUUGUUGCUUGCCUACUAGACGAGCAGAGCGAAUGGGAAGGAAGGAUGUUGAGAGCUGUGUCGUAGUCGAGAACGAUGUAUCAUUAGACAAAGUCAAACGAAUAUACCAAAUAUACGACGGACAAAGUAAAGCA